AACAAAACCCCAUGGAAACUUCUUCAGCUCUCUCGCAACUCGCGAGUCUGCAAGAGGUUUUUAGUCUGUAAUUUGUGAACCCCAAACGCUCGCCGGAGAAGAUGACGACGAAGAUAGCGCCGGGAGUCGGAGCUAAUCUUCUGGGCCAGCACGCCCCCGAGAGGAACCAAGACGCCACUGCCUAUGUCGGCAAUCUAGAUCCCCAGGUUUCUGAGGAGUCGCUUUGGGAGCUGUUUGUUCAAGCCGGCCCAGUUGUCAAUGUGUAUGUGCCAAAGGAUAGAGUCACUAACUUGCAUCAAGGAUAUGGGUUCAUUGAGUUUCGCAGUGAGGAAGAUGCAGAUUAUGCUAUUAAGGUGCUAAAUAUGAUUAAGCUCUAUGGGAAGCCAAUUCGUGUAAACAAAGCAUCUCAAGACAAGAAAAGUUUGGACGUCGGUGCAAAUCUCUUCAUAGGAAACCUUGACCCGGAUGUCGAUGAGAAGCUUCUCUACGAUACUUUCAGUGCAUUUGGGGUCAUAGUGACGAAUCCUAAGAUUAUGAGGGAUCCCGAUACAGGAAACUCACGUGGGUUCGGUUUUAUUAGCUAUGACUCCUUUGAAGCAUCUGAUGCAGCAAUUGAGGCGAUGAAUGGUCAGUAUCUUUGCAAUCGUCAAAUUGCGGUUUCGUAUGCCUAUAAGAAAGAUACCAAGGGAGAGCGGCACGGCACACCUGCAGAGAGAGUAUUGGCUGCUAGCAAUCCCCAGAAGAGUAGGCCUCACACUUUGUUUGCCAGUGGCCCUCCGACACUUCCCAAGGUUGCACAGCCUAAUGGUUCGUUUGGAGCUCCAGUGCCACCACGCCCCUUCGCAAAUGGUGCAAUGGCUCCCAGUCCGAUUCCUGCAAUACGUCCUCCACCACCGCAAGGGGUGGCUUUCCCCCCUAUGCAGAUGGUUGGACAACCACAAGCCUGGCAGGGUCAACCGCAGCAACAGGCUCAAAUGAUGCCUGGUUCCUUCAUGCUGCCACCAGUUCAGCAGUUGCGACCACCUCCACCAAACAUGCCUCCGCCACCUCCUCAAGCUCCAACACAUUCCAUGUCUAUCCCUCCACCAAUGGGAAUGGGAGCACAGCCACAGCUUAGGCGACCACCGCCACCACCGAUGCAGCAGCAGCAGCAGCAGCUUGGAAGGCCACCUAUGCAAAUGUCGUCAAUGCCCCUCCCGCCACCUCAUAAUCACAUGCUGCCGCCUCUUCCAUCUUCAGGCUGAGACGUUAUUAUGGUGCUAGCAAUGAAAAUGAGUUUUUUGCUGCGUGAUGAUCAUGUUUAUUUCUUUUUGUGAUGAUGUUCAGUAGGCUAUCAUAUUGUCAUACAAAUUGUUAACACAUCAAUCAGAGAAAUCAGGAGGAAGUUCUGCUACAAAAUGCAAAAUGUUGUCAUCA